UCGAGAGAAACAAGAUACAGUUCAUUAUUUCCUUCACAGCAACAAACUCCAACACUUUCUCUCUGUAAAGAAAAAACCGCAUUCUUAGUUUCUUGAUUGACUGCAACAAUCUUCAAACUUAGGGUUUCCCAUUAUUUAUACCCAGAUUCGUUCCAGAAAGAAGAACAAAACCUCCAAAUAAGAAGAAAAACGUGUUUAAAAAAAAAAAAAAAACUAAUUUCAGCUCAGGAAAGUUAGAAAUCUCUUGGUGAAAUUCAUAUGCAGGUUUGAUUUUCUUUAGGGUUUUGAAUAUGCAAGUAUUGAGGAUAUAUUAUACAGAAGCUUAGGGGCUUUAGUUAGUCAAUGGGCUGUUUUAAUUCAAAGGUUAGAAAACAGUUUCCUGGACACGAGAACCCUGUCAUUCUUGCUUCGCAAACUGCGUUCAGUGUAAGCGAAGUUGAAGCGUUAUUUGAGUUGUUCAAAAGUAUUAGCAGUUCGGUGAUUGAUGAUGGGUUGAUAAGUAAGGAAGAAUUUCAAUUAGCUUUAUUCAAGAACAGAAAGAAGGAAAACCUCUUCGCCAAUCGGAUUUUUGACCUGUUUGAUGUGAAGCGGAAGGGAGUGAUUGAUUUUGGUGACUUUGUUCGAUCACUUAAUGUAUUUCAUCCAAACGCCCCAUUUGAAGACAAAAUUGAGUUUUCAUUCAGGCUCUAUGAUAUGGACAGUACGGGAUUCAUUGAACGUCAAGAGGUCAAACAGAUGUUAAUUGCACUUCUAUGUGAAUCAGAAAUGAGGCUAGCUGAUGAAACCAUAGAGAUCAUACUUGAUAAGACAUUUUUAGACGCCGAUGUAAAUCAAGACGGGAAGAUUGAUAAAGCCGAAUGGCUUAACUUUGUCUCACGAAAUCCAUCACUGAUGAAGAUUAUGACCCUCACUUAUUUAAGAGAUAUUACCACGACAUUUCCAAGUUUUGUGUUCAACUCAGAAGUGGAAGAGAUAGCAACUUGAGAAUUUUUGUUACCCAAUGUUCUCUCAUUCUCUUGCGCACUCGGGCUUUCUCUUCUUAGCAACAUUCACAGUAAACAGAAAAAACAGCCAAAUAUUUUCUGUCUGUCGAAUAGUCUUAGUAGUUUCAUUAGCCCUAAAUGAGUAUGGGGUUAAGAAUCAAAUUGGUAUUUUAAUUCCCUCGGUAUUGGAGUGUUAGCAAAUGUAAUGAAGGUUUAGAGAAGGAGAGCGAGGAGAAGAUACAUUGAGUUAUGAGGCGCAACACAUUAAGGUUACAAACAUGGGAACGAUGGUGUUUUCAGUCCAUUGCUGUAAAAAUGUAUGAAUCAUCUGUUCUACAUUUUCAUUCAUGGACAUCUCUUCUUGCUUGUGUUUAUGCGUUUGUUAGAAAAAUCAAGGAAACUGAUUUUCACCCAAAAUUGUAUCAUCGUAUAAUCCAAACUAGUUUAAAUUAGGGGUAUCAAUGCUUACUCGAUUGAAUCAGUUUUAUCAGACACGUUAAGAUUAUCCAUCAGGAUUGAUCGGGUUGGAAGGUUCUAUCCGGCUGAUGUCCGGCAAGAUUUACAUUUCCGGCUGAUGUCCGGCAAGAUUUACAUUUUCAGCAAUUAAUAAUUCUGGAGAUCUCGUAUAAUUUAGU